ACUGCACCUUCUCGUCACGCCGGCGCAUGUCGAACCACUCCACGCGCGAACCCACAGACGGCUCAUACGCCAGCGACAGCCACGCCCGCAGCAUGCUCUCCUCGCCCCUCUCCUCGCCGCCGCAGGCGUCCAGCUCGGCGUGGCCGUCCAUCUCGAGCGCCUACCAGGCACCGCUCUCGCCGCUCUCGUCGCGCUCGCGCACGCCGCAGAGGCACCGCCACGAGCUGUCAGCACAUCCGACCUCGUCUCCUGGUGCAAAUGGCCAGGCCUCGCCGUCGCAGCCCGGCUUCAUGUCGCCGUCGCGUUCGAGCGCAUAUCCUGCGUCGCCGGGCACCGCGAGCGCCUUGCGCCGGGCACGCACCGCGGCAGUGCAGCCGCCGCACCUCGCCAAGACGUCUCCACGCACUGCUGCCACGAACAGCGACUCGGCCUCCGCCACGCUGUUCCGCCAGCGCUUUCGCCAGCGCUGCCAGGACGCGAUGAGCCGCCAGCGCCAGCAGGCCCUGGCCCAGGCGCGCGCCCGGACAGGCUCUAAAUCGCGCGGCAGCGACAUGUUCCGCAGCGACGAGAUCAGCGGGAGCGAGGACGAGCAGAUGGAUGAUGAUGUGGCCGACAUGCCGGCGUGGCAGCGCGAGGAUGAUGAGCUCAUUCGCAGGGCCAUGACGGCAGAGUACCGGCGGAUGCUGCACACGCAAGAGCGCAGCGGCGCCAUGGAGCUCGGCUGGCUCGGCGCCGACGAAGUGGCCUGGCUAGAGGAGGAAGUUCGGCGCGAGGCCAGAGCCGGGGAGGAGCAGCCGCCGGAGAUGGAGGAUGACGAGUCGCUGGCAGCUCUCUCUGCAGGCCGAGGGCCUCGAGGCGCACGCGCAGGGCGCGCAUGA